GUUCGGCACGGCCGCACGUUAUGGGGCCACCGUAAAGCCCUUGUCUCUCAAGCCUCGGCCAUCACACUGCCCUCUCUCCCAUCGGACCACCAUGUCGCGCGCCGCUGAAGCUGCAAAGGCUGCCCUUGCCAGCAUUGACCUCUCUGGCUAUGACGCCGAACAAUCCAGGCUCAUGGAUGAGCGUUGUAUACUCGUGGACGAGCAGGAUCGCGCGCUCGGAGCAGCGGACAAGAAGACCUGUCAUCUAAUGGAGAACAUUAACAAGGGUCUUUUACACCGCGCAUUCUCCGCCUUCGUGUUCCGGCCGUCGGACGGGAAGCUCUUGCUCCAGCAGCGGGCGUCUGAGAAGAUUACAUUCCCGGAUAUGUGGACAAACACAUGCUGUUCACAUCCCCUGGACGACUUUCCCGAGGAGAAGGAGGAGAAGGACGCGCUCGGUGUGAAGGUGGCUGCUUCCCGCAAGCUGGAGCACGAGCUCGGUAUCCCGCGGAGCCAGACGCCUAUAGACCAGUUCCAGUAUCUCACUAGAAUACACUAUCUGGCGCCCUCAGAUGGAAAGUGGGGCGAACAUGAAGUCGACUAUAUCCUGUUUUUGACUGCAGACGUUGAUGUGACGCCCAACCUGAAUGAGAUCCGUGACUACAAGUAUGUCGACAAGGCUGAGCUGCAAGCCAUGUUCGACCAGCCAGGCAAUUCGUUCACCCCCUGGUUCAAACUGAUUGCGCGAGAUUUCCUGUUUGGUUGGUGGGACGAGCUGCUGAAGCGGAAGAACGAGAAGGGCGAGGUCGUUGCAAAGAGCCUCGCAGGUGUUGCCGACGGCUCCAAGGUUAUCAAGAUGAAUUAAUGCAUUCUCUAUGUUGAGAUAGACAUCCUAAUACUGGCAUCCGCUUUUUGUGUAGAAUGUAAAGUUAAUUAUCGGGGUCCCUGGUCACUGCUUGGGUGGGAAGUAUACAGAUAUAUUGUUCUAUGUUGCCCGGUGGAAGAUGAAUGCUACAUACUGUUAAUUGAUAUGAUACAGUUGACCAAAAA